ACCUGGCAAAGGGUCAGGUUUGGUGGGGGCCAGGGAAGGCUCCCAUGAACCCUGAGCUCAGUGCAGGGGGUGGGCAGCGGCGGUACACCUUUCUCGUGUGCCAGCUGAUGGAGCAGGGGCAAUCCUCUUCUUUGGAAACAUAACUGAAGAGCAAACACCAUGGGCUGGUCCUUGUCUCCCAGCGUGUGGGUUUGGUGGCUGGAGCUCUGUGCCCUGCACAUCCCGGGGCUCGGGAGAGUCAGUCCCAUGGGGACCGCAUGUCUUGGCUUGCACGUCUGGGAGCUUCUCAGUGCUUUGGGAAUCCUGCCUGUGGCAGGGCUUUCUUUGCAGUGGACUUGCUGGCUAUAAAGAAUUGGGAAAGGUUCAAGUUUGAAGCUUCAUUUUCCUCCGCUCGGACUAUGAGAUGAGCCUUUAAGCAGUUCACGUACCCUGCCCACCAGCUCACAGUUUCAGCAGGGAGCAGCAGCUUGCUGAAACAAUUAUCAGCGCAUGGUUUGAUGGAUCCUACCAUGCCCUUCACACCAUGACCAAUGUCUGAAAGAGGAAAAGCUCCCCUUCUCUCUGAGAGAUCCCAAACUUGCUACUUGCUGCUGAGCAGUGGGAGGAGAAGUCAGCUGGGAUGAGACAGCUGAUUUCCCCACAGGGGAUGGCAACACCCCACGUUCCAUGUGAUGCUUGUUCCAUCUUCGUCAGUCCGUAUGUCAUUGACUCAUUUUUUUCAGCUAUGUGUCAUGAAAAUAAGCCUUCUCUGCAACAAGGGUAAAGCCCAAGCAGUGCUGUGCGUCCCGGCUCUGUCCUGUACUGGGGUUAUUCCCCGGGCUUCACACACCAGGUUUGCCCACUCACUUUAGGAAUUGCCAGCAUUGCUGUUCUGAAUUGCCUUAAAACAGCUUUGUUUUUGAGUCCUGGAUCUCAGCCGCAUCGGUUUCCUAUCCCGUUUCUCCCAGUAGCUGCAUCCAGGAUCCUCUCUCAUAGCAAUAAGGCACUGGAGCAAGGAGAGUUUUCGAGCAAGACUGGGGCACCUCUCUGCCGCUGGGAUGGGAGCCCGUGUCUACUGUGAAGAAUUUCUGUUCCCAAAGGUGCGCAGGACCGUUGCAGACCUAUGGUUGGUUUACUCCAAGCCUGUCCCAGCAAAUGGCAGAGAGCUGUGGACCUUGUUUCUACAGUGUUCCUGCAUUGCGGCGGUGAUAGGAGGCCUCUUUUACAACUGGAUGUUUGCUUCCCUGGAGUACUCCUGGCACCUCUCUGUUGCAAUGGCCGUCUCCUUCAGUCUGCUCCUUCUCCUGACCCUUUUCUUGGUGCAUCCCGCCCGUUGUGUCUUCAGUAUGAUCAUGCCUACGCUAGGUACCAAACAAGGCCGGAAGCUUCUCUUGUCGACCUGCACCAUGAUUGUGGUGGUUAACAUACUACCCAACAUCAUAAGCAACAUUAAGACCAUACUGCAGGUUAUUCAGUGUAUCUGCAAGAAUUCCUCUGAGAGUCUUUUGAACUCAACCGCUCUGCUAGGGACAGCUGCCUGGGAGUUUGGGGAUGCAAUCCAAGAAACCAGCAAUUCCAUUAAUAUUCAUAGGCCUAUGAAUGGACAUUUUCAGUUUUCAUUGCUUAAGAACAGCUCGUUGAUUUACCAGCAAAUGCACCUUGCUGGCGAGAAAAUUGGGAGGGACUUUUUGGCUGUCGAAGUACUGGUCAAAGACUCUGUACGAGUAGGCAACAAGCUGGUUGCUGGCUUCUCCAUGCUUUAUCUCUGUUUUGAGUCCACCUGGUAUUUGAAAAAUUAUCUCACCAACCUCCGCUUUGACAAUUUUUACGUCACCAAGAAGCUGGAGCGUUUAGCUGUGGACAGAAAAGAAGCUCAUCUGCUGGUGGGCCCAUGCAAAAACCUCCUUCGACCAACGGGCAUGAAGUUGUCCCGGGAAGAAGUGAUGCUGUGCCUCGUGCAAGCCAUGCUCCUCACUGUGGCCCUGCUGCUGAUGCUGGUGGUUGUGGCGAUGGACCACUUUGCGUUCAGUGUGGCAGACACCGCGGAGAGAAAGGCGUCUCAGUUCUCCACAGUGCCCGUCACUCUCAACAUCAAAUACAGUGCUAAAAUAGGGAUCCUAAGCUCUCUUCUGGAAUUUUUGGGGCUUCCUUCCAAAGAAUUACCACUUCAGGACUUCAAAGGAAGCUACCACCACUACCUGAUCUUCAGCUCUGCCCACUGCAGGAUCAGCCGCCCGAAGCCUCCCAACCCCUCCGUGCUGCUCGCUGUGGGGCUGCUCUUCUGCAUCCUCUACGCCACCGUAUUCCUGCAAACCUACGCACACCGCCUGUGCAGAAAAAUCGCAGGCUCCUUCUUCGAGAGCUGGGAGGAGAAGCGAGCACUUUACCUCUACAAGAAGCUGUCCAGGAAGCACAAGGAGGGAAAAAAACGCGUGAGAAACUAAGGGUACUUUUGGAAACACAGGGGAUGCCUGAGAGCCGUGGCAGUGGUUGGGCACAGGCUUCUUUGACGGGAUCGUGCGUUUAAUUUUCCAGAGUCAGAGAAGUGCUUGGAGUCUGAGGAAAAAUAUUUGCCAAGUAGAAAAAAAAGAAGAAAAACGGUGAAAUGCCACACUUUGCAUCAAUUUAAGAAAAAUGGACUAAAUUUACUUCCCUUUUUUUUUUUAAACCUAGAAGGUCUGGAGUCAGCGGUUCCAGGAAUGGUGGGAGAUAGCUCAUAUGACUUGGAGAAUAUCCACAGCAUUAGGCAAGGCUAACUGGGAAAUAUGUGCAAGUCAGGGUGGGGGAAGAGCUCAUUUGCCUCCCUCACCUCAUCCAUGCUAGAAGAAGUACACACUUCCUUUCUUUAGCAAGUUAUCCCUUCAGGCAGUAAGAAAGGAAACUCAUUUAAGGUGAUCAAUUUAAUUUUCAGGGAUUUUUUCUUUCAGGUUUCAUGCACAGAAACCUGUGCAGACUGGGUAAACAUUAGGCUUUAGAAGACAGCUUAUUCACCGAAGACAGUGUCAUUUCAGCCAACCGAAAUAAAUUCAAGGCCAAUAUGACCAUGAGAUGCACAUCCUGGGCAUGGGUGGUGGUGGAAAUCAGCACGAGGGCUUUACGAAAUCACUUCACAAGGGCUCUUUGAAAUAAGACAUAAAUAAAAUAGCUGAAGGACCUUAGAAGAGGAUGAGACCAGCCAAUAAAAGUCAAUUUGGGUGUCAGUCUCUUUUACCAAGUAAGAAGUGAUAGAACAAAAGGAAACAGCCUCGAAUUGUGCCAAGGGAGGUUUAGAUUGGAUAUUAGGAAAAAUUUCUUCACUGAAAGAAUUGUCCAGCAUUGGAAGAGGCUGCCCAGGGAAGUGGUGGAGUCACCAUCCCUGGAGGUAUUUAAAAGACAUGUAGAUGUGGCACUGAGGGACAUGGUUCACUGGUAACUUGGCAGUGUUAGGUUUAUGGUUGGACUCGAUGAUCUUAAAGGUGUUUUCCAACCUAAAGGAUUAUAUUAUUCUUUGAUUCUAAUUUAGGCCAACAUCCUGGAGGACUUCAAAUGUGGUAGACAGAAACUUGACUUUGCAGGGAACAGGGAGGUAGCAGGAUUUAGAGGGCUGGACUUGCCUGAACCGAGAGCCGGUUUUACGUGUUGCGUUGUUUCAAACUGAGAAACUAUGGUAUUGUAUCCAAGAUGCCAAAAAUCCAUCACUGGAGCAGCAUCUGAAACACGUUACUUUUGAAAGAGAGUCAGAUCGGCCACAUCUGUAAGGGCAAGAGUCAGAGGAGGGGAAGAUAAAUCAGUGCCAGGUUAAAAAAAAGCAACUUCGCAUCUUCUUUUCUUCAAAGUAUCUCUAUUAUUUUCCUCCCUUCUGCCAUUAGAGUCUUCAUUAAGGUAAUUAUUUGACAUAAUGCACCUCAAUGAGAUUAAAUUACAGAACUGAAGUGGCAGCUGCAGCCGGAUGCACUGAAUUCUCUCAGCUUCUGAGGUGCUUGAAACAAAGUAGGUCUGGAUUAUUUUUUUUUGAAAGCAUCUAUCUAACAAAACCCUGGUGCAUUCAUCUCCCUAGGUUUCUUAAUUCCCUGCUGUUUUGAUGAUUAAUCCAAGCACUUUUCUGCCUCUACAGCGACUAGGGGGCUUUGUCAUGAGGUUUCUGUAGAAAAUGCUCUGUGUCGUUGUUUGGGGAAAGCAAAUAGAUUUCCACAUGCCCAUUGAGUAGCCCAAAUUAUCGGGAUCCAGGGGUUAAAAUAGCUGGGAGGAGAACAGAGGAGCUCCUUCAGCCAGCAAAGCAUCCCAGAAGCAUGUUUUCUUCCAACAAGCACAUAUUUAUAAAAAAGUUUUCCUUGGGAAGGCUUGCCUUUUUGACAAGAGAUUUGCAUUAAUCUUUAUUUUAUUUUAUUUUUUUUUAAUGGCCAGCAGCAUUUGAGGAACCCUCCUGAUCAACAUCCAGUUCCUUGCCUUCCAAGGGAGAUCUUCAGAGGAGAUUGGGACAUGGGGGAGAGGAGGCUGAAAUGGUGAAGUUCUGGGGACCAGCAUGGGACUGGCUUUGCUUUAGAGAUAGGCCCUCCAGGUUCAGAUGGGGGUUUGGAGUGAAUGAGACCACAGAGACGGACUAAGAGGACUAAGUACCACCCUGAGUGUCCCAUUGAAUCCUUCAGACAAGCGCUGCCCAGCUUCCAGCUGGGGCAGCUGAGCAGCAUGUGAAGCAACUCCUGAAACACCCCUUUUCAGCCUCAAAAAUCAUAUUUAUUAGCAAAAAGCUGUCCCAGUCCAGAGCAGUUCUUGACAUCUUCUCUAGAGUCUCCUUCAUCUCCCACUAAAUGUUAACCACUAAAGACUAGUCCUCGGAACUUUGCACUUCUAGAUUGUAAAAUUCAGCAUCAGACAAGCCUUGAUUAGCAUAAUUACAUCUGCUUGAAAGGAUAAUAAUCAGUGUGAGGUAUUGCCGCUCUGCCUCCAGAGUCGCAGCCUUCAUAAACCCUUCAUGAAGCAGAGAUGUGCUCCCAGUUCCAUUUUGCAGAAGACACUAAGGAUGAGAGGGGUAAGUUCUUUGGUGGGUGUCACACCACUUUUAGCAGGGUCACUGGCAGGGAACCAUGGGCAGCAGAGCCCCUGUCACCUGCCUGCACGUAGGGGUCAAUUCUCCUGCCCUCAUUUGGACAUCUGCCCUAGGAGCCAACGGGUCGUGCCCCACAUGCCAUCCGUCUCCUCAGCCUCGUGACCCUCACACAUGGAUUUUUGCUUCAAUACCCAUGUAGAUAUCAGCACGGGAAGAAUUUGGUUUUGGAAGGUGAACACCUUGCAAAGCACCGGUGAGGAGGUGAGGGUUGGGUGGUAGCCCAAAACCUGGCUUUUCUCAUGGCAGCGCUGAGAAAGGAUGGUAACAAACGUUGUGAAGUGUUACGCUCUGCCUGUGUCAUCUCAUUAGUGUCAGAAGGGUUUUGGUUUUUUUAAUUGUAGGAAGGAAGAAGUCAGUUUGAUACCCAUUAUGGUUAUUUCGGAGGUGAAGUUGUGCUGAUGUUAAAAUGUGUGUAUGCUAAAGGCUGAUACACUUGAAUGUCACUGAACCAAUGCACGUGAAGAGGUGUUAACACGAGACUACUGCUGCCUGCGUUGAUGUCAUCAAAUAUAGACAUGUAUUGUACAUACUUAAGUGAUGAAUGUGUUUCGAGGAGAAAAGGGAUGUUGAAAGCUGGCUCUUUGCCAUUAUGCCACUUAACCCAGAGCCCCAGACUUCCACGUAAGAAACUAAACCCAGGGAAGGGUGGUAAACGUGACACCUGAGGGGGAGACUCAGGGAAGAUGAGCUCCGAGUGGUUUCCAGGCUGAGGGACCAGCAAGGAGAGUCGUGGGGAAACCACAGGGAUGGAGUUAAACCCGAAGAAGUGUGUGACAGAGGUGACACCUGGGGCAGCCUGUGCAGGGCGAGCAGAGGGGACCUGCCAGCACGGCUGGAAGGAGCUUAGUCCCUGCAGUAACUUGCUUUUUCACCUCCCUGGGGAUGUCAGCAGGACCCCGGGAACAGAAAUGGAAAGGGAGGCCCUGAGGAGCAGAGGAUGCUCCGACGGUCCCCGCUUUGGCAGGAACAGCUUGUGCAGCACAUCAGCCACGUCGUCCCUGGGGCCAAAUCAGGCUGCGAUGCGUUCCCUGGGCGGGGGCGGGGGGUGCAGCGGGACCAGAGCUGCUGGAAAUUGCUUUGCUCUCCUGUGAGGUGUUGUUCCUCAGCAAGAUAAAGGCAUAACAAAAUAGAAAACGUUACCCGUUAGAGUCACAUUAUGUGCUCGAGAGGUAAGCUGCCUUGCCAGAGUUUGCUUAAUGGUGCAACAGAGAAAUACUGAACAGAUUUACCCAGCAGGCAAAGUUAAUUUACUCACAUAUUUUUAUUAAGUAGGGCUAAUUUACAAGCCUCGUUAUUUGCUAGGGGAUUUUCAUCCCUCACAGCCACCUCCCACUCCCACCCUCACUUCUGCUCAUCACGGCUCUUGUUGCCUUCGUUUUUGCUCAGCAUCACCCUCCCGUCCCGCAGGCAGGAGGGAGCGAGACCGAGGCUUUGUCCUGUGUUGCUUCCACGUGGGAGCUCCCGGCGCUGUGCCUGCAGCCCACGGACCAGGUCCUGCGUGUCCACCUCCUGCACGGGCACGUCCACCUGCUCCCUGCUGGGCCGCGCUGCUCCUACACUACCGCAGUGGCUUAUUUACUGUCUCCAACCGCUUUCUGCAGGGCAGGAUUUCAUCACAUCUGGCCUCUAGUUUUCGAAACCCGUGAAGUUGAAAGUU